AUGCCUGGAGCUCAAGAUGUACAGAAGAAGGCGCUCUGCAAUUUGCUCUAUCGCCCAAAUGAGCCGACUUUUGCGCCCAAGAACCACACCAUCUACGAAAUCCCGCAAUCGGCGAUGCUGGACAAGUACAAGGGCUUCGGACAGGAUCUCGAGUCGAGAUUCAGUGAGACACCGGGAGACAAGGAGCGAGUGAAUGUGAAGGAGAUCAAGUGGCCGGACUUGGAUUUUGCUCUCGUCAUCAAGCGCGAGGAUGCCUUCAAUAUCUUCCACGGACCGCACAACGCAAUUGCCGGGAAGCUCAUUGAGCUGUUCUUCAAGAUCGAGAAAGCUGAGGAUCUGCUGGCGUGUGCGGUGUACGCGCGCGAGAGGGUGAAUCCGUAUCUAUUCGUGUACACCUUCUCUGUCGCCAUGACACAUCGCGAGGACACCAAGGACAUCCUGCUGCCCGACUGUCUCUUGGCCUUCCCCACGAAGUUCCUGCCGAAAUCCACCAUGGCGGAGGCCAAGGAGCUCUGCUACGUUGUGCCGACGGAUCUGCGGAAGCCGAUUGUGAUUCCGCGCAACUGGACAGCAACUGACCUGGAUCCCGAGCACCAGAUGGCAUUCUUCCGCGAGGAUCCUGGCAUCAAUCUUCAUCACUGGCACUGGCACUUGGCCUACCCCUUCAUGGGGCCCAUGGAGAUUGUGAACAAGGACCGUCGCGGAGAGCUCUUCUACUUCAUGCACAACCAGAUGAUCAAUCGCUACAACUGCUCGAGGAUCUGCGUUGGACUGCAUCGUGUGGAGCCGUAUGAGAACUUCCUGGACGACGUGGCGCCAGCUUACUAUCCCAAGCUGGACAACCACAACUCAUCCAGAAUGAUCAUCGGCCGCCAGAGGGGCUUCAAGUGGAAGACCAUCAACGGUGUUACGAGUCCGGCUGUCACUUGCCAGGACAUGAUUACAGUCGUGGAGAGAAUCAAGACCGCCAUCAACUUGGGCUACGCCAUUGGCCGCAACGGAGAAAAGCACCCUCUGACGGAGGCAAAGGGCAUCGAUGAUCUGGGAAACAUGGUGGAGUCUUGCAUGCUUUCCCCGAACAUGGGAUACUACAGCAGUCUGCACAACACGGGACACAUGUUCUUCGCCCUGGCCGCAGACACGACGACAGUCAAGUAUCUCGAGCAACCGGGCGUCAUGGCGGACACAUCGACUGCUAUGCGCGAUCCCGUCUUCUAUCGCUGGCACAAGUUCAUCGACAACCUCUUAUCUGAGUACAAGUACACGCUGGCGCCCUACACUGACGAGCAGCUCGCUUGUCCGGGCAUCAAAGUGGACAAGGUCAACUUGAUCGUCAACCAGAAGUACACAAAGGAGCUCUGCACCUUCUGGCAGUGGGAUGACGUCAACAUGUCGCUAGGAUUGGAUUUCAAUGGCGACGGCAGCGAGCCUGUGUACAUUCGCUUCUGUCACAUCAACCACGAAGAAUUCGUCUACAAAAUCAACGUGACGAAUUCCACGGAUAAACCCAUAAAGUGCACCGUGAGAAUCUUCAUGUUUCCCGUGAGGAAUGAGAACGGAACAAACUUCGAAAUGGACAUGUUCCGCAGGAAUGCCAUAGAAAUGGACAGGACAACAGCGACUUUUCCUCCCGGUGAAACGAAGUUCUUCCGCAGCUCCAAGGACUCAAAUGUCACUGUGCCAUUUGACAGGACUUUCUCCACUGCUUGGAAGCAAGAUGCCGAAACGCUGCGCUCUAUGCAAGCCUCCAUUUGCGCUUGUGGUCUGCCUCACUAUCAUCUCCUGCCAAUUGGCACUGCCGAUGGUUUUCCCUGCAAUCUCUUCGUCAUGCUGACGCCGUACGAGCUGGACAAGACCAACGAUGACAUUAAUGUCGCCUGCAAUGACAACGCCGUCUUCUGUGGCAUCAAGGAUCGCAAGUAUCCGGACAAGAGAGCCAUGGGAUUCCCCUUCGAUCGCGUUCUCAUGGCUCCAAGCAUAGAAGAGUUCGCGAAGCGCGACAACAUGGCACUGCUGGACUUCAAGAUCAAGCACAAGGACAUUGCGGUGAAAGGACCUCACUGCAUGCCGGAUGCUGACUACUGAAUCCUUGACCCGAAACAAUGAUGAUGACCUCAAGCUAAUGCCACUGGACAACUCUCUCAGACCGCAGAAUCUUUAAUCAAUCAGCAGUGAAAAAAAGUGUUAAAUCAGCUACGCCGAAGAAAUACAAUCUAUAGAAAAUGUAAGAAGUGCCAUAGCAGGAUACAAUUUACGAGAAUUGCUUGAAAUACAUGUAUAACAUAUGGAAUAAAUAAUAUA